GCGUCGGGCUCGGGGUGAGGGCUCCGACCUAUGACGGGAGGGAAACUCCUGUGUCCGGGGGGCGGGAGGGAAGCGUGCGGCUGAAAGGCGCAUUGAUGCAGCCGGCGGUGGCCUCGGAGCGCGGCGGGGCCGGACUGGGAUCACGUCUCGGCUCCCGGGUCGUCUCCUCCUCCUCCUCCUCCUCCUCGCCUGCUCCGCGCGUCCCGGGGCCGCCGCGCGCCAUGCGCUUCCAGGGCCCCGCCACCGGCUCCCCGCAGCGGCUCCUCGGCCUCCUGCUGCUCCUGCUGCUGCAGCUGCAGGCGCCGUCGAGCGCCUCCGAGACCCCCAAGGGGAAGCAAAAGGCUGUGCUCCGGCAGAGGGAGGUGGUGGACCUGUAUAAUGGCAUGUGCUUACAAGGGCCCGCGGGGGUGCCUGGGCGAGAUGGGAGCCCUGGGACCAAUGGCAUCCCUGGCACCCCUGGGGUCCCAGGUCGAGAUGGAUUCAAAGGAGAAAAGGGGGAAUGCCUGAGGGAAGUCUUUGAGGAGCCGUGGACGCCUAACUAUAAGCAGUGUUCGUGGAGUUCACUGAAUUAUGGCAUAGACCUUGGAAAAAUUGCGGAGUGUACAUUCACAAAGAUGCGUUCGAACAGCGCCCUAAGAGUCUUGUUCAGUGGCUCGCUUCGGUUAAAAUGCAGAAGCGCAUGCUGUCAGCGUUGGUAUUUCACGUUCAAUGGAGCUGAAUGUUCAGGACCUCUUCCUAUUGAAGCCAUAAUUUAUUUGGACCAAGGAAGCCCUGAACUGAAUUCGACAAUUAAUAUUCAUCGCACUUCUUCUGUGGAAGGACUCUGUGAAGGAAUUGGAGCCGGACUAGUAGACAUUGCUAUCUGGGUUGGAACUUGCUCAGAUUACCCGAAAGGAGAUGCCUCUACGGGUUGGAAUUCAGUGUCUCGUAUCAUUAUUGAAGAGCUACCAAAAUAAAUCCUUUCAUUUUUGUUCCCUACCUCUCUUGUAUUAUACCUUUGAAUGGUUCAUUUUUGUGACCCCUUAUAUAAUUUUUAUGUGUACAUCUGAAUGAAAAAACAAAAUUAAAUGUGUUUACAGACCAAAGUGUGAUUUCACACUGUUUUUAGAUCCAGUAUUCAUUUUCCUUCCAUCAAAACUGGUUUUGGGAUUUUGUAGAAGAUUAAAAUACUUUCCUUCAUAUUCCCAUUCCCUGAACCUAUAAUUUGGAAUGUUAUUGUGGUCUCCGUUUCUUUCCUGUUCUCUUAGUGUAGCACUUUUUAAAAUAUAAAAGCUACCAGUCUUUGUAUAAGUUGUAAAUGUUCAGAAUUGUUUAAUAUCUGUGAAAUAAAACUUAUUUCAAACAACCUUAAUAUCUUUAACGUAAUUGCCACUAAAAUCAGGGUUUCUGGUACUUUAUAUCUGGAGAGUUGAGGAUAAACCUGACUUUGUAUUUAUCCUUUUGACAAUCAUGUUUUAAAUUUAGUACAAUAGUCCUGAUCCAUAUUUUGAGAGAUUCAAAGAGAAAGUGAUAUUUAUGUGUCAGGAAAUGCACUAGCACUUUAGAAAUUUUGUCUUAAUUUAACAAAGAGUAAAAAGACGGGGACUCUGGUCUCAAAUUGCUUACCAUUUGGAAGGGAAACUAAGAUACAAAAAUAACAAAUCAAAGAUUAAUAUGUUGAUUGUGACAAAAGUUGUUGAAGAGAUGGUAUAAUUCAAAGAAAGACCUAUUACUUCUGGCUGAGGUGAUCAGAAAGAAUUCAUGAUGAAGUAAGUACAGGUGUAAGACUGAUAAAGUUAAGUAAAUCCUGGGCUUGACUUGGAAGUGUCAGUAUGAACUCGUAAGUUACUUUGUCUUAAGUAAAGCUAUAAAACAAUUAACAAUAGAAUCUCCUAGCUUUGUUUACUGAAAAGACCUAGAAAUAAUGACCAAACUAGUAAUGCCCAGAUUGUGAUCUCUAUAUACCAUUUUCUACUAAAAGGAACUAAGGCUCCUUGAAGAAAUGGGUGAUUUCAGCUCUGGGGCAGGAAAUGUACAAGAUGAGCCUGGAACAUCUUGGCAACUAUGAAAGACAACUCAACAGGAUCCAAGAGCCAAUGUGGAUUGGUUCUCACUGGCAGAGAUGAUACGAUUUAAGCAUCAAUGAAGAUAACAACUGGAAUGGUUUGAAACACAUCAGAUAUGUUUAAA